UGUUUUUGUGAUUUUAAUUCCAAGAUGUAGCCUAUUGAGAGUUAUGUAGGAGUUUAGGCCUAAACCAAAGAAAGAAGCUGUGAUGAGAGAUGUAGCAGGUAUAGCCUCGGCCACUUUCUAACGUGUGCAGCCAAUCCUCUUAUAGUGUGCAGCAUUACUGGAUGUGGAUUAUCUGUGGGGGCGACGCAGGUCGCUCGCCCUCGGGUCACUUCGGAAGGACUUUGCUUGAACGGGCCCGGAGCCGCUCCUGGCUUCUCACAGCGACGCUAGAACAGGGCCUGGAGGGGUACUAUUUAUUUAUUAUACUUUUUUAUUGUUAUUCUACGCCUAUUUUAUGUUUAGGUCUUAAUGCCUGGAGCUUUUCACUAUUAUUCUUUUUUUAAUUUACGUAUUCUUUCACUUUUAAACAAUGCAAAUGACAGCCUAAUGUUUAUGAUAAUUACAAAAUAAAAGGAAGGAAACGGCGGACAGAGAGCGAGCGGGCUUGCUGGUGAUGAACCAGGGGGAGAGAGGAAGCGCUGGCUGGGGGAGGAGGGGAGGCGGAGGAGCCCAGGGCGCUAAACCGCGGGGUGUAAGGAGCUCUCCAGGGUGCUGAAGUCCUCUCCGAACGCAGCUCUCCCUGUCACUCUCAUGGACACGACAAACAUGACUGUUGUUAUGUGUCUGUGCCACCGACACGGAGGACCUUUGUUCCAUUUCUAGGAAGUUCUUUGAAUGUUUGAAGUAAAGUGAAGACUAUUCUUUCUUUUUUUUUGGCCAAUCGGAUUUGGAGGUUCUCCCAACAAGGACGGUGUAGAUUAAAUGGCGUCGAGGUGGUGUCAUUGGUAGGGUGAACGAUGCCUUAGUGAACGGAGAGGUUCACAAACUAGGACACCUUGGAAGGACAAUGCACCACAUGUAUCUGAGUCUCAGAGUGGGUCUAUGGGAGUCAAACCACCUGUGUGUGCCCAUCGUGAGGAGUCGCCACUACCCCCUGCCCCUGUACAAGUUCCUCAUAUGGAUCCUGCUGGGAGUGUUGACCUUCCCGUGUUGUGUCCGCUGUCUGAUAUUCAAAGUGGGGGUGCUGGGGCCAUGGAACUGCGACCCCGUGUACUCCAGGGCCUUACCCGGCGUGGCCGCCAGACUGGCCGUGGGGAGGAUCAACCAGGACGCGUCUUUAGUCCUCGGCCUCAAAAUGGACUUUGUCGUUCUGCAGGAGCCCUGCGAGACGUCCCAGGCGCUCACCACCUUCUUGAACUACGAGAAGGUGGCGGACGCGUUCGUGGGCCCCACCAACACGGGCUUCUGCUCAGCCGCCAACCUGCUGGCCACCAACUGGGAUAAAGCCAUAUUUUCUUAUGGAUGUGUCAACCACGAGCUGGACCAAGGCGCCACGUAUCCCACCUUCGCCAGGACGCUGCCGCCCCCGUUUGGCAUCUUGUUCGCGGUGUUGAAGUACUUUCAAUGGGCCAACGUCGGAAUCGUUUCGUCCAACGAGGACAUCUGGAUGGAAGCGGCCGGGAAGUUAGCGAACGCCCUGCGUCGCGAGGGCCUUCCCGUGGGCAUCGUGACCGCCAUGGGGAUCAACGAGACGGAGGUGGAGCGGACCAUGAAGAGGAUCCAGGCGAAGGCAGACCUCAAGGUUAUCAUCAUGUGCAUGCACUCGGCCCUGAUCGGGGGCCAGCAGCAGGCCACCUUCCUGCUGAAGGCCCUGGAGCUGGGGCUGACCCAGGGCCAGUACGUGUUCCUGCCCUACGACGCGCUGCUCUACAGCCUGCCCUACGGCAACGUCUCCUACGCCCCGCUGAGGAACAGCAGCCGGCUGCGGCAGGCCUACGACGCCGUGCUCACCGUCACCGUGGAGUCGGGGGACCUGUCCUUCUACCAGGCCCUGGACGCGGCCACAUGGAGCGGGGGGCUGCCCGCCAACCUGGAGCCCCUGCAGGUCCACCCUCUGUUUGGCACCAUCUACAACAGCAUCUACCUGUUGGCCAAGUCCAUCCACAGUGCCAGGCAGACUGGCACCUGGUUGUCAGGGUCCAACCUGGCCUACCUAACCAGGAACCGCACCUUUGACGGCUUCAACCAGAAGGUCAGGGUGAGCGCCGAUGGGAUGGUCACCACCAACUACGUCAUCCUGGACAUGGACGGCGUGGGCAGCCAGCUGUACUCCACCUACACACUGGAUCCUGCCUCCGGGAACGUUCGCUUUGCUGGGAGGAACAUUAAUUUCCCUGGGGGAUCCGCGCCGGCCUCCGAUUCUCUGUGCUGGUUCGACAAAACUGUCACCUGUACUGGAGGCGUGGAGAUCAUCUAUAUAGUGGUGAUAUUUGUUGUCAUCGCAAUUCUGGCUAUAGUGGGGAUCGCUCUUACUCUGUUUAUCAGGAGGAGAAUCCAGCAGAUCCAGCUGUUCAAGGGGCCCAAUCGCAUUCUUCUCACGCUCGAGGACCUGACCUUUAUCGACCCCCAGCUCAGCAAGAGGAAAAUCACCCUGGAGGAUUUGAGUGAGUCCAAGAGUGCGAUAGAGGACAAGAGCACCAGGUCAAAUGAGCGAUCGCACUCGGUCAACAGCAUCCGGACCACCACUCACGAGACAACCAACGUAGCCGUGUAUGAGGGAGACUGGGUGUGGCUUAAGAAAUUUGAAGAUGGCCAAUUUAAAGAGGUGAAACAGAGCGCGACUAAGAUAUUCACAAAGAUGAAGGACCUGAGGAACGAGAACGUGAACCCUUUCCUGGGCUUCUUCUGCGACUGCUCCAUGUUCGCCGUGGUAACGGAGCACUGCUCCCGCGGCAGCCUGCAGGACCUGCUGGGGAACGACGACGUCAAGCUGGACUGGAUGUUCAAGUCCUCGCUGCUCCUCGACCUCAUUAAGGGUAUGAAGUACCUGCACCACAAAGACUUCCCCCAUGGCAGACUGAAGUCUCGGAACUGUGUGGUGGACGGACGCUUUGUUCUGAAGAUUACCGACUACGGCUUUAAUGAACUGCUGGAGUCCCAGAAGAGUCCCAAAGAACAAUGGACACCUGAAGAGUUAUUCUGGACAGCCCCAGAGUUCCUCAGGGACCCCGAAAGCUCACGCAGAGGGACCUUCAAGGGGGACGUGUACAGCUUCGCCAUUAUACUACAAGAGGUGGUGGUCCGAGGACUCCCCUACUGCAUGCUGGGGCUCCCUCCAGAGGAGAUCAUCCGUAAGGUGAAGAAGCCCCCGCCCAUGUGCCGGCCCACCGUGGCCCCGGACCAGGCCCCCCUGGAGUGCAUCCAGCUGAUGAAGCAGUGCUGGAGCGAGAUGCCCGACCGCAGGCCCGCCUUCGAAGAGAUCUUCAACCAGUUCAAAAUCAUCAACAAGGGCAAGAAGACGAACAUCAUCGACUCCAUGCUGCGGAUGCUGGAGCAGUACUCCUCCAACCUGGAGGACCUGAUCAGGGAGAGGACCGAGGAGCUGGAGGUGGAGAAGCAGAGGACCGAGAAGCUGCUGUCUGAGAUGCUCCCGCCCUCGGUGGCGGAGGCGCUGAAGACGGGCACCACGGUGGAGCCCGAGUACUUUGACCAGGUCACCAUCUACUUCAGCGACAUCGUGGGCUUCACCACCAUCUCGUCGCUCAGCGAUCCCAUCGAGGUGGUGGACCUGCUCAAUGACCUCUACACGCUGUUCGAUGCCGUGCUCUCCAACCACGACGUCUACAAGGUGGAGACGAUCGGAGACGCCUAUAUGGUGUCCUCGGGUCUGCCCAAGAGGAACGGCAACAAGCACGCCGCGGAGAUCGCCAACAUGUCUCUGAACAUCCUCAGCUCAGUGGGAAGCUUCAAGAUGCGGCACAUGCCUGACGUUCCUGUCCGCAUUCGCAUAGGAAUCCAUUCAGGCUCCUGUGUGGCGGGCGUUGUGGGCCUCACCAUGCCUCGGUACUGCCUUUUCGGAGACACUGUGAACACUGCGUCUCGUAUGGAAUCCACUGGGCUGCCUUAUAGAAUCCACGUGAACAUUAGUACGGUGAACAUCCUAAAUUCCCUCAAUGAGGGUUAUAAGAUCGACCUCCGAGGCAAGACGGAGCUGAAGGGUAAAGGCAUCGAAGAGACAUACUGGUUGGUUGGGAAGGCAAACUUUGCAAAGCCUUUGCCAAAACCUCCAGACAUCAAUCCAGGGGAAGACAAUCAUGGACUGAAACCUGAGGAAAUAGCUGCGUACAGGAAAAAGAAAGCAGAGAAAAAGGCUUGAGCCACGUAUAACCAAAACGGCAGGGACAACUGGCAGCAGAUGGUGACGGAGGAGAUAAAGACGAUCUUUCGCAAGGCCAAGAGGGAGGACAAGCUAAAGACCUGACCGGGAGCAGCAGAGCAAGGAAUAGGAAGAAACAAAAAGGAGAAGAUGGACCCACGGCGAGAGAGAGAGAGAGAGAGAGAGAGAGAGAGAGAGAGAGAGAGAGAGAGAGAGAGAGAGAGAGAGAGAGAGAGAGAGAGAGAGAGAGAGAGCGAGAGAGCGAGAGAGAGAGAGAGAGAGAGAGAGAGAGAGAGAGAGAGAGACAGACACUGGGACUACGGGAAGAGGCCCCGCAGAGGACAUGCUAUCCAAGCCCAGCCUGCUCACCCUGGCUUAGCAUGGACUUCUUUAAUAGGAUUUUAUUUUGUGUGGCUAAUCUGCUGCCCGCUAGCACAGCACAAUGAGACAGCACUAAUGUAAUGAGGCUCACUGCGUUAGCCGCCCACGGAGCCCCAGAGAAAGCCCGAGCGCUCUUCUCUCUCUGUGAAGAACGAACUCUUAUGCUCCUCCCUGCAAGUAUUUGACCACUGCGUGGUCACCUGAGUCCCAGUAAUCAGAGAGCCCGGCCCAGGACGUCACACCAUACGCCUCACAUGUUAAAUAAUCUUUAAUUUGCAUGUAAGUUGGUCUUAGAUGUUCCCAGGGUUGUCAUUGGACGGAGCGAUGUGGUGAUGGAUAAGGCACUAGUUAGGUAUUUAAUUUGUGUGGCAAUGAGCUUCAUGCACAUUUAGUCUUCUUGGAUAGGAGGAUAAGUCUUCUUCUGUAUAUGACAAACAAACCUCUAUUGGUAUUGUUUAUAAAAUAAUAGACAGAAGAGGGCAGGGUUGGUAAUAAUUUGUAUGGACCCAAUAGUUGUUACACUGAUAACUUUAUUUUUCCAAUUGUUUGAAGACAGGUGAAUGACAGGUGAGGGUUGAACAAAUAUUUCUCUUCUUUUAUUCUGCAGCCAGUAAGAAUAUUCUACAGAAAUAUAUAUAUUUUUUAAAUCAUUAUAAAUAAUGAAUCCAACUAGCAUAGGUUAGUAAAUAAAUUCCCCAAUAAACUACUUGAUACAGCUUUUCAUGUCUGCACUCAUAGUACAAGGCGCAAUCUAUUGUCACGCUGCAGCUUCUUGCUUUAGGCCACCAUUUAGGGAACGUGAGUGUUUCUGCUUGCAACUGUUGAAGGAAAAAUUAAAGACUGAAAUGUUCACCUGUUAUAUUAAAGUGUCAAUAUUUAAUUCAAAUUAAAGAAAGUUAUAAUUUUAAUAGUUGUAAUUUUUGAUUGUUUAGGUAUAUUUAAAAUGUGCAUUUUCAUUAGAAGUCUAGCGGUUCCAUUACACAUUUUAAUAGGUAGCCUACUCAACAACUUAGCGUGCUGUGGGAAAUGCCCCUUGGACACGUAUAUAAUUGAUGGACUGUAGCAUUUUCCUAUUUGUUAACUUGUUCAUUAUUGUGUAUUUGUUAACGACAAGCAAACUGUUAAGAAGUGUAUAUUGGGUAUAACAAUACUAUAUAACAAAUAAAUUUCUACCGUGGUGGCGUUCAUCA